UGGACCUGUAACACCUCCCCCAAGGCUGUGACCCGCUGGUCUGAGUCCUCCAGGAACCUCUGCACAGAGAGAGGGAGAGGGUUGAGAGGUCAUCCAGUUUACCUUGGGAACCUGGCACAGAGACUAACUACAUAGGGAAGAAAACAUCAACCUGAACCGGUUUGAAUGUGGGUGGCUCAACUGAAAUUUGACUAUAAAAAGGACACAUCAUCCAGGGUCAGCCAUUGCAUUACACGUACCAAGACAGAUUCGGCUGGGAAAACAUAGAACCGUCUUCAAACAGACAAAGGAUCUAUCCACAUUCACUUUUAUUACAACUCCCGAAUCUACAAACUACACAAAACUGGCAUAGAAGAAAAACAGGCAUCUACAUUUUAAGCUGGGAUAAAAACAURSUCAUGGCCACCAGUAGAACACCAACCCUGCCUAAUGCCUAUGGUGGUAAAAUUCCAUACCAAUGUGACUCCCUGUCACUUUUGGAUGUCUUGUGGGAGAAUGAGUUUGAGGGGGACACAAUCAACCAAACAGAUGCAGCCAUGGCAGAGGUCAACUUUUACAAGGGAGCGCCACCUCAAUGGCUGAACUUCUACCUGGCUGAACAAGAAGCAGCUGUGGAUUCAACCUUCAUAAAGAGGGAUGGAUACCAUUCCUUAAAAAGGCUGAUUCAAAGUAAGCGAAAAAGUCCUCGCAGCACUGCCAUUGUCAAGCUUUUGCACCAGCCAAGCAGUGGGGGAUCCACCCUAGCCAUGCAGGUGCUCUGGGACCUGAGGAAAAAGCAUAGGUGUGCAGUCUUAAAAGAGUCAACGGGGGCAAACAGCACCGCUAUCGCCGGCCAAGUAAUAACCCUUUUCAAGGCAGGAGAUUCACAAAACACUGUGCUCCUCCUGCUUGAGGAUGAGAACAUGGCGGAUUGCCUGAUGAGAGAAAUUGCAGAGAGAAAGAUUACGUCAAAAGUUCCUGUACUCAUCAUGUUAAACUGUGUGCGUAAGUCUUUUAUCGCGGAACAAGACGAUCUAACAACCAGAACUUCAGUGAUCCUUAGAAGACAGCUCUCUGAAGAAGAGAAAGACAAAUUCAUCAAUAAGCUAGAUGCGAUCCGUAAGCGCUAUGCAAACCAGCAUACCAAGUUCCAUGGUUUCAACAUAAUGUGUGGACAUUUCAGUAAAACAUACAUCCAGGAUAGUGUUAAGGCUUGUGUUAAUAAACAUUUGUUGAAGCCCCAAAACCUGCUCCUUCCAUUUUUAGCAUUGCUAAAUUUCUACGUCCCUGGAUCCUACCUUCUAGAGUCUGAAUGUGCAGAAUUCCCUGAUGCAAGGUCUCAAGACUUUGGGAGUGGAUUGCACCCUUUCAAUGACCUCAUAGUCACGUUCUCCGGACAAGAGAAAGACGAUAAACGUGUCCGGAUGAAGCAUCCAAUGAUUGCUGAUCAGUGUGUUAAGUUACUGGCUAAGUUCCGUGUGACCAGGGGUGGCACAACAAGAAACUUCUUGAAGUACUUUUUUAAGGCAGAGGUGCCGCAACAUUUGGUGCCCGUCAUCAAAGACAUGCUAACUAAGAGGGAAAUCACAGAAGCACUAGUGGACGAACAGCAGAACGCAGAAGAGGAAACACAGGAUCCCUUUUCCAAACUGAUUCAAGAUAUAAAGGAGUAUGAAGGAUUAGACAUGUGUGAACACAUUCUGAAAGAAGCAGUGGAUAAAUUUGGAACAAAUCCUUUUUUCCCUCAAGCUCUAGCACGCCUCUACUACACUGAAAUUAAAGACUACAAAAAAGCUGAAGAUUGUGCUUUAAAGGCUAAAGAGAGGGCUCCCAACAAUUCCUUCAUCGCAGAUACUCUUGGGCAAGUUCACAAGGGCAAUUUAAGGAAGAAAAUAGGACACACACCGUGUCCAUCUACAUGUGAGAUUUUGGAAAUAGCAGGAAAGGCUCUAAUCGCUUUCAAAGAAGAGGAGAAGGCUGCAGAAAAUGAACUGGAACUAGAAUCAACUAAUUUCAAUGACAGGGGAAGCUUUGGCUAUCUACAAGUGGCUAACUAUCUUUUUGAUGCACUCACAAUGCGUGAUAAUAGGUGGAAAGACAUUCUCACAGGGAAAAACAAAACUCCCUACGUAGUUGAUGAGUUUCCCGGAGGAAAACUCAAUAAGUAUUUGUGUUUCAUUGCACAACUCAAAGACGGAGUGAAGAAAAGGUAUGAGUUCUUUGAAAAGUACCUGACUUACUCAAAGCCCAAAAUAGGAAAAGAGGAACCAGGGUACUUCCAUGAUGAUGUUAUCYGUUGCUACCAGAAAUACACUGGAAUGAUGCCAAUCAGCUUUCCUGGACUGCUCUCAUGUCUUGAUCGAAAGAAAAUUGAUCCUAACCUGCAGUGGAUGGAACAGCACUACAGAACAAUCAAUGGUGAAAAAAGGUCAGAUGCCCAAGCUACUCAAAACUACAUUCUUGUCAACAUCAUCCUGAGCCAAAAGGGAGUAAGACGUGAAACGAGAACCAUCCUUCUACAAACCUUACGAGACAUGCUAAAGAGAUAUGUCAGGGAACAACAGAUUGACCAACCCACUGAAUUUCAUCUCUUGGCUCUAAUGUUGUUUUGGCCUGAGGGUGGGGCCACCCACGACUUUCCCUAUGAACAAACAGUUGAUCUCCUGAGAGGGUCCUUUGAGUGGGACCUCAGUAAGUACUUCCGCUUCAGGUACCUUGUUCCAUUMUUCCUACUCGGAAAGGGUCAGGGUUUAAGCAGACUGGUCCACAAAUCAAGAGUGGAUAUUCUGAUCAUGAAUAACCUUUCCCCAAAGCAGAAGAACAGAAAACUGGGUAAACUGUGGAGCAGUGGAGAGAUAUGGGAACUUGAAGCAAUCAAGAAAUGUCUACUUAGGAUCAGUGGGGUGGUCGAACAGUAUGAAAUAUUCCUGAACGUUGCAGACAACAGAAUCAAGAUUUUCCCAGAUCAAAUGUCCAGCAUUCGGAAUCCUGGACCUGUUUCUUUCUUCCUUGGCUUCAACAUCGGGGGACCAGUGGCCUUCAACAUCAAGUAUGAGGCCAAGUGAAACAUUAACUUCUGAGAAAARCUCAAAGUCAGUCUUCCAUGUUAGACAUCCAAACAGUAGAGAGUCUAACCCACUGUAUAUAUUUCAGCAUCAACAAAAUGGUGUAGAGAUCUUUCCUGAUUAUACUUUGUUUACUUAUUAUACCUGUAACAAGCAUGUGGCAGCAUUUUGGUAUUGUGAGACCAAUGAGUCAAGACAAAAUAAAUAAAGUAUGAGGAAGUUGUGAACAACGUGUUAUUGUAAUGUCUAUGAAAUGUUGACAUGAAUGUGUUUAUACUGUAUUAUGUGAUAACUAUAGCACAUGUAAAGCACUGCAUUGAAAAAAAAGAAAAGGGCCAGUAGGUAGCCUAGGUAUCUGSAGGGCUGCGGCUUUCAGAUCCUGACAACAAUUCCCCACUGCUGGGCCCUUGAGCAAGGCCCUAACCCCACUACAUCCUCUCUACGUAGAAACACUGCACUCCAACUGUGUGUGUGUGUAUGAGAUGUGUCCUAUCUGAGGGAGUUGAGCAAUCAGAGGACAAAUGUUCACUGCACCUUGAACAAUAAAGUUGUAUUGGAUGUGUAAUCAA